UUGUGAAGAAAUUAUGUGCCUUUCCUUGGAUUAAUGCCUAAAGUGUAAAACUUGCUCGUGUGGCGUUUGUGCGUUCUUCUUCAGAAAGAACUGAUCGAAAGUUGGUGUGUAAGUGCCUCGGAAUAGUGUGUCCCGUUCAGCGCCGACGCUUCCGAAUGACGAGAGAUCAAGCAGAAUAAAUUUGAAAAUAGAAACGGCAAGAAAAUCGAAGCAGGCUGUGUGAUCUAGCAGUCCUAGAAUACGAGUGAUGAAGUGAUUGAUAAAGUUCGAGUUGUGUACGUCACAGAGUGACAAAGAGAGAAAGAGAGAGCGAGUGUGCCCUGUGCUUGUUGCCCAAUCAAAGCAAUCGUCCUGGAGCCGCACGUGAGCAAGCUUGGAGCCGCCAAAGUUGGACCCCAAAAUGCCCACACUGUCCCACCGGAGGACGGGCAGAUAGAGUGGGCUUCUAUGCGGUGCUUUCGGAAGAAAAUGAGCCUCGUCUACACGGCCACGUACCGGUACAAGCGCGCACUGCAAACGAUGGCCGCGGGACUUUUCCUCAUCUACAUGACGCUGGUCCUGUACCAGAACGUCUACGGCUACGGCGGCCAGGACCAACCGGACCCGGAGCUCGCCGAAAGCGCCGGCAAUCUGCAGGAUAUUCAGUCAUUCGGUGCCCUAAUCCUCGGCGGAGCCGGUAGUGCCCUGCGGCCUGCGGCCGACGCCAGUGUUGUGAUAAGCAAGCGUGAUAACUCCGUACUGCUGCCCGCGGGUGAUGAUAGUAGCGGGAAGGUGCUCGAUAGUAAUAGUGUAGGGGCCGAAGCGGUGAAAAGUGCGAAGUGGGUGAAGCAAGCGGCACACAGGUUUGUGGUUCCGGCAAGUGGUUCCGGGCCACGGCCAGGUGGGGCGACUCCGUCCGACGCGCGGUACCUUGCGCCCGACGAUCAACGGACCCUGUACGAUGUGCACCGGGUGCCGGCCGUCACCGGCACCCCGAAACCGCCGACGACCGAGCUGGACGAUCUGCUGAUCAGCGUCAAAACGACCAAAGGCUAUCACGACACGCGGCUCGAGAUGAUCAUCAAGACCUGGUACCAGCUGGCGAAGGAACAGACGUGGUUCUUUACCGACACCGACGAUGCGCACUACCAGAAGUUGACAAAUAACCAUAUGGUCAACACCAACUGCUCGCAGGGUCACUUUCGGAAGGCGCUCUGCUGCAAGAUGGGCAAGGAGUUUGAGUUUUUUCUGGACAGCGCCAAAAAAUGGUGGUGCCACUUUGACGACGACAACUACGUGAACGUUCCGCGACUGGUGCGGUUAUUGGAUGACUACAGCCCAACGCAAGACUGGUACCUAGGGAAGCCGAGCAUAUCCUCACCGCUGGAGAUAUUCCUAGAUAGUACCAAAUCGUCGACGGAAGUGAACAAAAAGGUGACGUUCUGGUUCGCGACCGGCGGAGCAGGGUUCUGCAUCAGCCGGGCGCUCGCCCUCAAGAUGAUGCCGAUCGCCGCGAGUGGCAAGUUUGUAGCGAUCGGCGACAAGAUACGGUUCCCGGAUGACGUCACGAUGGGCUUUCUGAUAGAGCACAUACUGAAGGUUCCUCUCACCAUGAUCGAUGCGUUCCACUCGCACCUGGAACCGAUGGAGUUUAUCCGGCCCGAAACGUUCCACGAUCAGGUAUCGUUCAGCUACGCCCGGAUGCGCAACGAAUGGAACGUCGUCAAGGUGGACGGAUUCGAUCUGAAGACGGACCCGAAGCGGAUCUACUCGCUCCACUGCCAUCUCUACCCAUUCUUCAGCAUCUGUCCGAAGUCGAUAAAGCGACGAUGAUGACCCACGAGCGGGCGCAAGCAGUUAGAGCAAUAUCAAAGGAACUACUAAGAGUUACAACACGAAGAGGAGAGCACUACUCUAAAAACUGUGAUCGUUCGGAAACGGCUCCGAACUCCGGCUCAGAACAAAAGUCGAUGGCAAUAACAGUAAAUGUAAGCAACGGUGUAAAAAUCAGGCGAGGGCACGACUGCUGUACGCAAAAAUGACCAUAAAAAGGGUAUACAAUUAGGUGGUAAGCAUCGAUCGCGAUCGAGAAGCACUGUCAUAAAAUGGGGUAACCGAUUGCCGAGGAUCGGUGUCAGCGGUCGGUUAUCAGUCUAGUCUUUGUGAGUAGGGAAGUAGGGAAUUCGAAUAAGAGGUUUCGCGACAACGAAUCAUAUAGAUCGGCAUCGAAAGCGAUAGGAUCCGAGCGCGUUCCGGCGCUCGGUUUAGUAGCUGUACAUAUUUCACCACUAACACAGUUAAGGAAUUGAGUAUUCAAGUUGUUAACGCGGCGCCGUUGAGCUCUGUUGUAAAUACUAGAAACUAUACUGCUAGGUAUUGAAAGCAUUUGAACCAUUCAGAACGCCUUUGUCUCUCGCGCUAGCACAUGUUGAAAAUAGUAGCUUCCAUUUCUUCCAGCAAUAACAUUAAGUCUAUUUGUUCUUUAAAUUGUUCU